AUGGGGAUCAGCCGUGACAGCCUGCACAAGCGCAGGGCGACCGGUGGUCGCCAGAAGGCCUGGCGUAAGAAGAAGAAGUAUGAGCUCGGCCGCCAGCCCGCCAACACCAAGCUCAGCUCGCACGUGGCCGUAAGGACCGUGCGCACGCGCGGCGGCAACACCAAGUUCAGGGCGCUGCGCCUGGACCACGGCAACUACUCCUGGGGCAGCGAGGUGCGGCGACGCUACGUUUCUUGGCAGUGCCCUGGCUGGCAGCCCUCUUGA